CCGGGGGUGGAGUGAGCAACGUCUACACCUACCUACUCAAUGGUGACAUUUCUCUCAGUGUGACGAUGACACUGAUCAGCACUGUGGCUUCACUCGGUAUGAUCCCGCUGUGGUUGUUCACCCUAGGUCAGCUCUACUUACAAGGACCAGAUUACAAAAUAGUCAUUCCUUAUCAGAACAUUCUCAUCUCACUCGUAAGCAUCAUGGUGCCGGUCUCUGUUGGCGUUGCAAUACGCUACAAGAAACCAGAACUUGCCAAGAAAAUCGGCAAAUUAAUCAAACCAAUCAUGGUUAUAAUAAUCCUCUGUAUCUUUAGCUUUGGAAUCUACGCCAACUUGUACAUCUUCCAAAUGUUCACUCCCAAAACACUCGCGGCGGGCGCCAUGCUGCCGUGGGUGGGUUUCACUCUUGGAGCAGCGGUGGCCGCAAUUCUUCGCCAGCCUCGUUAUCGCAUCAUCACCAUAGCAAUAGAGACUGGGAUCCAGAACAUCGGCGUGCCAAUGCUGGUGUUGAAAUUCACUCUCCCGCCACCGCUUGGAGACCUGGGUAUUGUCGCCGUGGCGGCAGCCGCCACAUUUACCCCUCUCCCCCUGUGGAUAGGCAUCGCCGUGAUGGCAAUAAAGAAACGGUGUUGCAAGGAUGAAAAGUACGAACAAGCGAAACAAGAAGAAGAAAUGGAGAAUUUGAAAUCAGAUGGUGUGGUUUUGAAUGGUAAUAGCAACGUCAAAGGAAGUGGACAAGACAAGGAGGUCGUCUCCGACAAGUUGUCGGCCAUUUGAAGAAAUUUGAAGACAUUCUUCAAGAUGAACUAUUUUUAUAAAACGUUAUAUUUUUGUACAUUUCAAUACAUAUUGUAUUUCAGAAAGAGCCAAGUAAGACUUUAGAUGAUUUUUAUACAUUAAGUAGUACAGAGCUGUCUAAAUUCAUGAAAAAGUCGAGACGUUUGGGACUCGAAGUCUGUGCGCAGUUUUUGGAAUUGAAUUAUCAACAUUUUUAUAAUCAAAUAUAAAUUAAACAUUAUUUCAUCCUGUUGUAUAAUUAGCAUAGAAUACAAUCUUAUAUCCGAG